AUGGCUUCUAUUCUUUAUUCCAUGUUCAAAGGAACAAACAACGAUAACAAACACAUUUACUGCAAACCUUACUCUGAAGCUAAAGAUGGUCAUAGUGCUGUUUAUAGAUCCAAGAAUCAAUUCGACCAAUUGAAAUUGGUUCCUGAUGAUGAAUGUACUACUAUGCAAGACAUUUUCUUGAGAUCAUGCAGAUUGUACUCUCAUAAGAGUUUCUUAGGAACUAUCGAUCCUUCUCAUAAGCAUUACAAUUGGAAGAACUUUAAGGAAAUUAAGCAAUUAGCUGAAUACUUGGGUUCCAACGUUAACUAAAAGAAGCUCUUCACUCAUGUCAAUGACUUUGAAAAUAUUAACAUGGACUUAAUUGGUGUUUUCUCCAAAAACAGAGAAGAAUGGUUGGUUCUUGAAUAUUCCAACUUUUUAUAUCGCAAGACCAUGGUUCCCUUAUAUGAUACCCUUGGACCUGAAUCAAUUACCUACAUUCUUGACUAGACUGGAAUAGAAACAGUAUUUAGUGCAGUAGAAGGUGUCGAUGCUCUCUUGAAAAGCAAGGACAUUUGCAAACUCAAGAACAUUGUCCUCUUUGACGAAAUCCCUGAAGAAAAGAAAGAAAAGCUCACACAAAGAGGUCUCACUUUAUAUAGUUACAAGGAUUUGAUUGCCCCCACUUAAGUAGAUGAGUACGCAAAAUGCUUACCUGAAGACGUUAUAACUUUCUCUUAUACCUCAGGUACAACUGGCUUCCCCAAAGGUGCUAUGAUUACUAACAAGAAUCUUGUCUCUGUUAUUGCUAUUGCAAAGGAAGAAGAUUUUCAAACUGGAGAUAUUUAUUUAUCUUACUUACCUCUUCCUCAUAUUUUAGAACGUAUCGCUGUCAGUUCUAUGCUCUACUUGGGUAUCCAAAUCGGUUUUUACAGAGGUGAUACUAGAUAAUUGAAAGAAGACUUAGAAUUAUUAAAGCCUACUAUUUUUGCUAGUGUUCCUAGAGUGUAUAACAGAUUUUAUGACAUGAUCAAAGCUAAAUUCAAUUAAGCUAAAGGUAUCUAAGGCUGGUUAUUAGCUAAGGGUUUAGCAGCUAAAUUGCAAAAUUCCAAAAAUGGUUAAUACACUCAUAUGCUCUAUGAUAAGUUGAUUUUCAACAAGGUAAAACAAGCAUUAGGUGGUAAUGUUAGAGUUGCAGUAGUUGGUGGUGCUCCUAUUAGUGGAGAAGUACUCACUUUUAUGAGAGCCUGUCUUUGUAUUCCUAUCCUUGAAGGUUACGGUUAAACUGAAAGUACUGGUGCAGCUUUUAGUACUCAUGCUUCUGAUGGUACUACUGGACAUAUUGGUGGAUGCAGAGGACACAUGGAGUACAAGCUUGUUGAUAUCCCUGAAAUGGGUUAUACUGCUAAGGACACAGAUAAAGACGGAAAACCUACCCCUAGAGGAGAAAUUUGUGUUAGAGGUUAUGGUGUUUUUGCUGGCUAUUACAAGUAAAAGGAUAAAACAGAAGAAAUUAUAGAUGCUGAUGGUUGGUUGCAUAGUGGUGACGUUGGUAGAAUUGACCAUGAAAGAGGUUGCUUAACUAUCAUUGACAGAAAGAAAAAUAUCUUUAAACUUGCUUAAGGUGAAUACAUUGCUCCAGAUAAAAUCGAAAAUAUCUACUUAAGAGCAGCUGGUGUUGAAGAAGUAUUUGUUUAUGGUGAUUCUUUACAAUCCACUUUAGUUUCAAUUGUUGUACCUUCAAAGGAUUUCUUAAAGAAGUUUGCUGAAUCUAAAGGACUUGAAAAUAAUGUUUAAUAGCUUUGCUAAAACAAAGAAGUCAUUAAAACUAUUUUAGACAACAUGACAAAGCUUGGUAAAGCUGAAGGUCUCUUCUCAUUUGAAUAAGUUAAGAGCUUACACUUAUUCCCUGAAUCAUUCUAAACAAUAGAUUGUAUGACUAACACCCUUAAAAUUAAGCGUAAGGAAUGUAGAGAUUAUUUCAGAGAUACAAUUGAUAAAUUAUAUGCUGAAUAAGGUCCUGCAUAAUGA